CAUAACUGUCUGCGUAAACGCGCACGCAAACGUCACCCGUUGCGAUCAUAGAAAUAUUUAUUUCUAUUUUGUGAUCUUAUUUUAUCUUUUAUUAUAAAAAUAUAAUGUAUACUCAGAAAUAAAUAGUGUCGGCUCGUUUAUCCGCAUUUAAGCUAAGUUGUGAUUAGUUACAAUUUCGAGAAUGGAAGGAAAUGGUGCAGUAUUGUGUGACAAUCUAAUCAAGUGGCUACAAACGCUAAAUCUAAAGGCCAAACAUGGAAAUCCAUCAGAGCUAUCAGAUGGAGUAGCCCUAGCUGAAGCUCUUACACAGAUAGCUCCAGAAUAUUUCACACCAGCCUGGAAUUCUAAAAUAAAGACAGACGUUGGCAACAAUUGGAGGUUGAAAGUUAGCAAUUUAAAAAAACUUUUGGAAGGUGUUGUUGACUACCAUCAAGACAUUUUGAACUUAAGCCUUCAAGAAUUCUCAAGGCCUGAUGUGAUCAAUAUCGCUGAAACGGCAGACGCCUCCGAUUUAGGAAGGCUGUUGCAACUAGUUUUAAGUUGUGCCGUAAACUGUAUUAAGAAAGAAGAGUACAUAACAAGGAUUAUGGAAAUGGAAUUGUCCUGUCAACGAUCGAUAAUGCAAGCGAUACAGGAACUGGAGACGUUAACGCUGGGUGUAAAUCGUGGUAGCCUGCAUCUGGACGCGGCGGCGCCCGAGCAGACGGAUGUGGACAUGAGAGAAGUUCUUGCACAGCGGUGCCAUGAACUCGAUACACAGGUGAAGGUGCUGCAAGAGGAGAAGAUGACGCUGCUGAGCGAGGUGGCGCGUCUGACGGCGGCGCGCGAGGCGGCGGCGGGCGCGGGCGCGGGCGAGCUGGACGAGGCGGGCGCGUCGCUCGGCCCCGCGCACGCCGGCACGCUGCGCUACACGCACAUGCGCGCGCAGCUCGACGCGCUCAAGGACGAGCUCGACAAGGUGGAGCUGCAGCGCGACGACCAGCGCGCACGCGCCGACGCGCUCGAGAGGGACGUCGCGUUGCUCAAGCUCAGGAAUGAGGAGCUACAGAUAGCGGCUUCAGAAAAUAUAGCCUUAAAGGAUGAAGUGGAUGCGCUGCGAGAGACGGCGGCGAAGGCGGUCGCUUUAGAAGCCACUGUCGCCUCGUACAAGAAGAGGAUGGAAGAGCACGUCGACCUGAGGCGGCAGGUGAAGCUGCUGGAGCGCGCGAACACGGAGCACGUGCAGCGCGCCAUCGAGCACGAGCAGGCCGCCGCGCGCGCCAACGCCGUGCGCGCGCAGCUCGACAUCUACAAGAAACAGGUAACUGAUUUAAACGAGAAGCUAGAUGCGGAGAUAACAAAAGCGGACAAACUAGAGAUAGAAAACAAGAAGUUGAGCAGCAAGCUGGCGUCGCUCCAGCGGGAGAGGGACACGCUGCUGCAGGAGAGGGACACGCUGCGAGAGACCGUCGACGAGCUGCGGUGCUCCACGAUCACUACUGGUGCAAGCGAGGACAAUGUUUCUAGAGAGCUAAUACCCAACGACCUAAAGGAGCGGUUGAUAAGACUACAGCACGAGAACAAAUUGUUACGGCAGAACCAAGGGGCGCAGGCCGACCAAGCUUCUGUGCAGGCCCUUUUAGAAGAUUACGCGGCGAGGUUAGAGAAACAGCGAGCCAUGAACCGCGAGGCGAACCAGCGGAUCAUGCAGUUGGAGGCUUCACUCGAGGCGCCGAACUCGCGUCUCGCGUCCGCCAUCGAAGAUAACCAGAGGAAAUCGCUGCAGGUGGAGGAGCUAUCGGCGGCGCUGGCGGAGGAGCGGCGGCGCGCGGCCAAGCUGCAGGAGGCGCUGAGCGCGCGCGACGCCGAGCUGCUCGCCACCGAGGACAAGUACAAGAAGUGCGUCGAGAAGGCCAAGGAGGUCAUCAAGACGCUCGACCCGCGCACCACCGGACAACAAUCGCUCUCGGAUAUAACAUUGGGAUACUCUCGCGCCACUGCCGGCAACGCUAGCGCAUCACGACCGGAGACGGCGACACCCAACAACAAUAGACACGAAUGGAGCGGCAGCAGCAGCGGCACGGGCGCCAACGAGCAGCGGCUGCUGGCCUCCGCGUGGUACCAGCUGGGCGCGCGCUGCCACCGCGACGCCGUGGAGACGCGGUUCGCGCUGCUGUCCACGGGCCAGUCGUUCCUCGCGCGCCAGCGCCUGCAGCCGCCGCGCCCGCGCGCCACCGCGCCGCACUCGCCCGCGCCCGCCGCGCACGCGCCGCACGCCGCCCCCGCCGCCCCCGCCGCGCAAUGACCCGCGCGCGCCUGACGCUGGCGGGUGGCGGUGCACUACUCGCGCGGACGCACGCAAAUACUCACUGAGUGAGUGGGACUUGUCUUCUAACAUCCUUGUCUGAUGCCUUACAUGUUUUUUUUUUUUUUAUUAUUAUUAUAAAUCGAUAGAAGGCGCCUCCCUAUCGGCCGAUGAUAAAACAUCAGCUGUGAUAAAAUUGUGGAUUGGUUUGAGUUUAUGUUCAAUUGUACUAUUCAUAUUUACUAUACGUGUUUUAUAAUAAAGAGAUCAAAUUAAUGCCAGUUGAAAUUGAACGAUGAUAAUACGUGGGCGCUAUCGAUUUAUAUAUUAUUUUUGACGUCAAAAUAGUUGUAAGCGAAAGUUUACUCAAAAAACUGUAAAUAACGAAAAUAUUUUUAAUAUAAAUCUAUCUACCUUAAGCGUAAAAAAAUGUAAAUUCUUUUCGACUUUCUUUUGCUGGUCAAAAAUUGUUGGUCGUUGUAUUCGUUUAUCCUUCUCAAUAAAUAGUUUCAUCUUCAAACAGUAUUUAGUUACAUAAUUGUCAUCUAGAUAUUUGUUUAAGAUCUUUUGUAAAUUACUCCGACUGUAUAUUUUUACUGAAAUUCCCAUUUACCUACAAGAAAGUGUGAAAAGACAUAGUGUUAAGAUUGUAUUUAUUAAUUGGAUCGUUUAACUAUUACAAUUGUAUGCUUUGACCAGGAAUGCAUUCAAUGACACUGAACAACUAGAACAAUCACGUUAAUGUACACUGGCGGACAAAUAAAGGGACGCUGAAACUUUUUAGUUAUUUUAAAAUACUUUCUAUUUGAAUGUAUCGCCUUGUUUAGGAGAGUUCAAUUCGGAAAAACUUGCAAAAGAGCAUGGAGGUCCAUCUAUUUGUGAGAGAUCACCACUGCUUCUAAACACGUAAUUCCAAAGGGAUUAUAAAGAAUUACUGAUGUUAGCAAAGCGAAGAGCUGAGUAAAGCUGGAAUCUGGAUUCAGAAGGGAAAGAGUGCUGGGGGAUCUAAUUUCUACUACUUACUAUUCUAGUAAUGAGUAAACUGUCUUACUCGAAAGGAAAAAUAAUAGGAAACUACCUUCAUAUUAAGUGAUAUCUGGUUGCUAGAAUGCAGAUAAUAGUUAUUUUAAUCUUACAAAUCGGACGUAGAUUCGCAAACAGGAUCCAGCCCAUAAAAUUACACUUUUGAAAUAGUGAAGAUUGAAGUUUAAAUCGUAUGUUUGCUCAUUGAUAUUCUAUUUUAUAGACCUUAUAGACUAGAACUAAUUUGGCAUACUCGGCUCAUUUUCGACCUGUGUGUGUGUUGGAUCCUUUUUGCGUAUCUACGUUUAAUCGAUCUAUUUCUUUGUCCGCCACUGCAUUUUCUGUGUUAAACGAAAUAUAUGUGAUAACUUUCUGUCCCGCGAUAAAUUAGCAAGAAUUUGACCACAUUCGAGACUGACCACUGUGUGGCGUCGCCUUGGUGUUAUAGAUAACUAUAUAAAUGUACAGAAAGUAGAUAAAUCACAAAAUGACAGUAGUUUGUCUGGAAUGUGUCAAGCCCUAAUAUUAUAUUAUCUAGAUAGGAGUUUAUCCACUAUCAUAGUGCCUCAAGAUGUAUGCUCAUUUAAUUUUGCUUUUAUAAUCCAUAUUAAUAUUAUAUUUACUUCGUAUAAUGUGAUCAGAUGAACAAAGUCAUCCCAUUAUUAUUUACAUCGAGAAUUUAUUGUUUGUUAAAUGUUUAUAGACUACAAAUAUCACACUGAAAUCAUGUGUCAAUAAGUAGAUAACGAAAUGUAUUUAAACAUUUUAGUGUUAAGUUUAUUAUUAAGCGUAUUUGGUGAGGUGAUGUUGAGGUCACGUGGUACGUGCCGCGCGUCGGUCGGAGGGACGUGCGCGGGAGUCGGUUGUUGUGACACGCGAGGUGCAAUUAGUGCAAAUUAUUUAUGUUAAAACUUUAAGUUUACUAAUGUGAUUCAUUGUUGAUGAUGACAAUAUUGAGUUUUGAGAUAAUAUAUAAAUUUUCAUACAGA